CGCUAAUACCCAACAGAAGCUACAGUGUUUCAUGCAAUCUGUCAAUCUAAGGUCGCUAAUGAGCCCACGCCUGUCCAACAACUCCGUCGGGAAUCUUGUCACCACCGCAUUGGCGUCCUGCAAGGAUACUGGCAACAACGUGACAAUGAAGGAGUUGGUGGGUCUCUUGAGAGAGGGAAUGGCGAGGAUCGUUGAUGAGAAGUAUAUCAACGCCAUCUCCGACGCUGAACAUGGGUUUGAAGCCAUGCUUGAGAGCAACAAGAUAUUGGGAGAAUGUGGCAGCGGGGAGCUUAUGACUUGCUCAAGCUGGAUCGGAUUUGGUACCAACCGUUAUGACUUCGGUUGGGGAAAGCCUCUCUGGACUGGUUUAUACGGGGAUCCGUCGGGGGAUCAUCCUUAUGCCAACAAUUUCCUUGUUUUCAAGGAAUUAGGUGCUUGAGGGCGUGAAAAUUCGAAUGCCGCCAUAGAAGCAUGGAUAAGGCUGGACGAAGACGUCAUGGCUGUUCUUGAACAUGAUCCUCACUUCAUCCAAUAGGUUUCCCCCAAUCCUCCUAUCAUUCUCAACUGAUUAUGAUGUUAUCAAACAGCUGAUGAUUAGCUAAUGGACAGUUAAUCACUAUUAAUCACCUCAAUGUAUGUUUCAUGGUUUAUUUUAUAUUAUCUUGAGUAAUGAAUGAAUGUCUUGGAGAUUUGGCAUAUGGUUUCAGUACUGAUAUACAAAAAAAAAUGGGACUUCAUGAAUAGACACACACAAAAGAGCUAGACAUGAAUGGAAUUCAUAAUGUUAACACAUUAUUUUAUUCUUUGAUGUAAUCUAAUCAAACUUAAUAAACAUUCUAUCCAUUU